AUGUCAUAUACUAAAAAUAAAUUAAUUAAUAAUGCACUUAAUAGAUCAUAUGCAUUAACAGAUUACAAUAUUCAUAAUGAUAUACACAAAAGACAUGAAUUUAAAAAACAAACAAUUCUUGAUGAUGAAUCACUUACGGAAAAUGAAAAAUCUGAAGCAAUAAGAAUAUUAACUAAAACUUAUGAUCUUGCCAAACUUCUUUUUAAUGAAGGAACAAAAAGAAUUUGUGAAAAUUGUAACCAAGAAUGUUUAGCCAUAACAUUUUGUGAAUAUUGUGUUCGAAAUUAUUUAAAAGCAAAAUUUUCAAAUUGGACAUCUGGAAAUGUUAUUAUUGAUAAUUUAAUACAAGAAUGUGGAUUUUCAGAAAUUUAUACGGCAGGCUGGAUUAAUGGGCAUUUUAUUGAAUGGGAUUUUGAAGAGCAACAAUUAAAAAGAUAUGGAGAUUGUUAUGUAGUUCUUAAAAAAUUAGAAAAUGUUGAAAAUGCAAAUCAAAAUUGGAUUGAAGAGGCUAAAUCACAUUUAAAUAUAAGCAAUAAAUGGAGUGAUAUUGUCCAAUGUUUUGGAUUAACACAAAAUCCAUCAAAAUGAAAUUAUAUGCUUGUAAUGAAUGAGAUGGAUAUAGAUUUAAGAAAAUAUUUACAACAAUAUCAUAAUCAACUUACACGGAAAGGAAGAAUUCAAAUUAUUACUGAUAUAACACUUGCACUUCAAAGAAUUCAUUAUGAAAAUGCAAUUCAUAGAGAUUUGCAUUCUGGAAAUAUAUUAUUAUUAGUGACCUUGGAUUUUGUGGACCUGCAGAUAAACCAUUAAAAAGUAUAUAUGGAAAUCU